CAUUUGGAGAGAAUUUGAAAUAAAAUGUGAUUUUGUUUUCAUUCGUCGAUCGAGUCGUCAAUCAUCGGAUCAAACGAUGGAUAAAACGCUUCAAAACCUGUACUACUCUUCGCUGCUGUCGGAGUCGCCGUCCGUCAGAGACAGCACUUCCAGACACGCCAACAGAUUCCUCAAUUCGUUUGAAAUGUCUUCAAUGCAUUUGUUGCCAUCAAAUCUCAUCAAUCAAAGUGUAUUCCUCAGCACCACAGCCAACGACACCUUCCAGUCAAACACUAUUCUUGAAGAGCCGGACGAGGAGUCCUUUUCGUCCGACUCUGCGCUCACUCUUUACCAGCAGUUCUUCGAGACGAACCAAAAAUAUGCCGCAAAUGAGGACAACGUCUUCGAGAUGUUGACCGAAUUCGAGCUCUUGUGUUGCGAUCACCUGAUGGUGACGUCGAGUCUCAUGAAGUCGAAAGUGAGACAUUCGGCCGAAACGAAAGACAUGAAUAAACUCGAGAAU